ACAUUUCCUUAGUUUCUACAUCUACUUUAUGAAACCAGAAACAAUACUUUCAAUGUUUGCAGUGAUUAUGAUCCGACUCCUCAUGAGAUGAUCUUCUUAAGUUUUAGUCUCUCACUCCUUUACCUCCUACCAUUCCUUACCUCUCCCUCCGCAACAGAGGACCAAGUCCGCUGCCCUGGGGCACUCCUUAUUGAGACAGAACCGUCAGACACAGACGUUAUUGAGGGCGGUUCUGCAACUCUCACCUGCAUUGUCAGUGGUUCACUCCUAGAAACUGACGAAUCACACCAUGCAUCCUUCAGAUGGUUAUACAAUGAAUUCUUACCUAAAACUAUCAUAAACAGUGAAAUAUCCUGUCCUAACUGUUCAGUUGUCUCGGAUGAGUUGUCCAGUAUCCUGGUGCUAAACAAUGUGCACCACAACCAGACGGGUUUCUAUCAAUGUGAAGUGAGUGCAGGUCUCAAUACCGUGUACAGUAAUGCAGUAAAGCUCCGUGUACAUUACAUCUUCAAUACCGCCCCAGUACUGGUCAUGAGGAAGGAGAUUCAGGAUCAGUUAGAGGCGUUUCUAGUGGAGCUGAACCAGUGUGAUACUCAUUCUACUGAAAGUUAUCCUGUUUCUAGGACAAGGUGGAGAGUUGAGGGUAAUUACAGUGGUGAUGAUUUGUCAACUACUUGGGUAAACACGGAGGAUACUUUAAUACAGGAUCUCUCAGGAGGGAAUUCUCAGCUCCGAACCCAAAUCUCACAAAACAGCUACAUCAUCUACAACCUUCUCCCGGUACACGGUAAUCUCCACUACACCUGCUACUCAUACGUCACCUUCAACUCAACCACCUACGAGGUCCCUGUUGUCACCUGGAGUAUCCACGGGGCUGACAGCUACAACUUCCUCGCUGCCUCCCCUGACUACAACUACAUGACAAACGUCGUCACUGACUCCAGCUCCCCUGUCGUCAAUGUGGGAGAUAACUACACCCUCUCUUGUUCAUGUGCGGGGUAUCAGUACCCGGAGAGGGAGGUCUCUUUCUAUUGGAGCAGAGGAGGAGAGGUGGUGGUGGAGGGAGCUUUGUUGGAGCUGGAGAGGUUAACUUUAGAGGAUAACGGGAAAUAUGUGUGUACAGCGAGGAUUGGAGAGUUGAGGCAGUCUAAACCUUUCUGGCUUACUGUAGUUGAUAACAUCAACCAGAACUCUAUUUACUUCAUUGAAACACCCCAAAAGAUCUGGCACAUAGCAGUAGCUGCUGGUUCUUUCGAGAACCCCGUUCUCUCUGAGGCAAAAAGAAUGGAGAUGGGGAAUAUUGAUAAUGAAAAGAAUCGGGACAAGCGGAAUACUGGAUUUAACUUUAUAGUAGAUUUCAGUCCUGUUUGUCUUGCUUCUAAAGGCAGGGUUAAGUGGAUCCGGAACAGUAUUGAGGUGAAACAUCCCCUGAUCCUACCUCCGAUCCCUAAAGAGUACCUGACUUUUCAGUGCUUUGCUAGUGGACACGACAGGAAUAUCCAGAGAUCUGUCGUUGUGCUAGUUGAUGAGACAAGGCCAGUAGUUAUGAAUUUCACCAAACUUAACGAUACUGAUAAAUUUAUCUUUAUCAAGUGUUCAGGGAGGGCGUUUCCUCCUCCAAAAAUAUAUCUGGAAGUUUCUGCCAGCCCACCCGUAGAAGGGAGUCUUAUCGAAGAAACAUCACAAACAACAUCCACCUACAAUUCUGUGCAGGUUAUUAAGUUGAAGAAACACCUACAAAUCACGAUCAAAUGCAUCGUCCACAAUGAAUACUACUCCCAGAAUGAAGAAUUGGUAUUCUUGUUUCCUGAAAAUCCCAUCCCUCCACCUACCCAACCUGACCCUGUUCGUACCAAUGCUCCUGAACCUACCAAAGAAAACCAAGAAAAUGAAGUAGAGGUAAUCAAACAGAAGACUGUUCCCGAAGAUCUGUCUAACUCGAAAGAUGACAUUACUAAAACCAACACCCCUGAAGAAGAAACAUCCACCGGGACGGACUUGUCCUACAAAAACUUACUGAUCUACGUCAUAUCCGGAGUUAUCACUGCUCUUCUAAUUUCCAUAAUCCUGGUUUGUUUGGUGGUCAGAAUAACCCGAACUCACAGGUACCAAUGUAUAAGGAAGAGAGAGAUAUAUCAGGUUAGAGGAAGUGCCACCACUUCUACCAGUUUCGCGCCCUACAACAAGAGUCCGUCCCCUGAGGGCUUCUACGAUAUUCCGACCGGCCUCUCAUGCCAUCCGACCUCUCAUGCCAUCAGAAAACCUCCCAGAAGCAUAACCCCUAGCAGCAGUAAGAAUAUUACUCCCAGAAGCAUAACCCCUAGUGCCAGUGGCAGUAAGAAUAACAGCUUGAGAAGAGACAAGGACUUGAGUCUAAGAAAGGGGGCUACACUGAGAGACCCUAGCAUUAUAAGAGGGACAUGGGACUCUAGUCUAAAGAAGAACAUCUCGAUCCACCCUGCUGAUGAGCUGAAGGAGUACACGGACAUGAGGACGUUUGGGAGUCUAAAACGCAAGACUUGCCAGUACACGGAGGUAGAGAAACGAGCCACCCUUCACGGGGUGUACGUGCUGCCCUCUCCUGUUCCCGCCCCUAAAUACUCCCAAAUCCAGCACUCACCACCACGUGACCAGUCAUGUGACCAGUCACGUGACCCAGUGUACGAUAACUUGGAACUGGAAGACGAGGAGCUCUACGAUACUCCCCGGACCAGAGCAUCCGGACAACACAGUCCGACUCUCCGGACCAGAACAUCCGGACACUACAGUCCGCCGUUUAAGAAGCAGGAAACCAGGUCCGAGUAUGAUAAGAUAAAGAUAGACGGGGACGGGGAUAUGCAGUAUGAUAACAUGUUGAGAACCGGACAGCCGGGCACUCCCUUCAGUGAUAUUUGAAGUAUCUUGGAAGUCUCUUUAGAGGUUUGCUGAUGUUGCUGGUUGGAUUAUCUUUAAACGGUUUCGAAGCUGACUAAGAUUCCUAUUCCUAUGUUUUGCAAGUCAAAUUGUCAUCCCUCUUAAGUUAUUUUGAGACAUUCUGUGUCAAUCAUAUCGACUUAAAAUCGUGAAGUAUUCUGUUUUAUCAGCGUUGACGUUAAAAACUUUUAAACGAUCAUGCUCUCAAUUUACCACCCUGUGUUACUAGCUAGUUUGGAAGAUAACUAUGUAGUUUGGCGACUACAUAUAUUUUGUUUUGUGCUAGCUAAUUUGGAAAAAUGCCAGCUGUGAAGUUGAAAAAACUAUAAUUGUGCUGUUUAAAACUUAAAUAUCCACUGCGAAAUUGUGUACUGUAUGGUUUGAAAUGUAUCGUAUUGUCCUGUGUGAAACUAUGUGAUAUUAUGUUUGAAUUUGUAAAAUGUGAUUUAAAAUCUAAACUUUAUUCCCAGAGCCCUUUUUAACAUGACUGGUUGUAUUAACACAACUACUUUAGUACAUUUUCCAGA